UGUCGCCUGACCGGAUGAUAGAGAGAAGUUUUGUUUCGUGAGUUUACUAAUGAUUGAGCCUCUGACCACUACACGAAUCUUAAUACAAGCGCCGUAAUACGCAUCACCUGACCGUUACCGAAUGUUUUAUGAACAAUUUGUCUUUGACAGACUGGACUGAAAUUGUUUGAAGGGUGGAAAUUGAACACUUGAGAGUAACCCGAGCGCCCUGCUGCUGAGAGCCCGUUCCUGCGCGCUGAGAGACGGCCAGAAACCAUGGGCAACCGGGGGAUGGAGGAAUUGAUCCCCCUGAUCAAUAAACUCCAAGAUGCUUUCAGUUCCAUUGGCCAAAGCUGCAACUUGGACCUGCCGCAGAUCGCAGUGGUGGGAGGACAGAGCGCCGGAAAAAGCUCCGUUCUUGAAAAUUUCGUCGGCAGGGAUUUCCUUCCUCGAGGUUCAGGCAUUGUCACUCGCAGGCCACUCGUUCUGCAGCUUGUUAACAGCAAAGCCGAAUAUGCCGAGUUCUUGCACUGCAAAGGGAGGAAGUUUGUGGACUUCGAUGAAGUCCGGCAGGAAAUUGAAGCGGAGACGGACCGGAUUACAGGGUCCAAUAAGGGCAUCUCUCCAAUCCCCAUAAACCUAAGGGUCUACUCUCCAAAUGUAUUGAAUCUGACCCUCAUCGAUUUGCCGGGUAUGACCAAGAUUGCUGUGGGAGACCAGCCGGUAGAUAUCGAGCACCAGAUUCGAGACAUGAUUCUGCAGUUCACCACUAAGGAGAGUUGUCUGAUCCUGGCCGUCACCCCUGCCAACACUGAUUUGGCCAACUCUGAUGCCCUCAAGAUGGCGAAGGAGGUGGACCCUCAAGGACUGCGUACCAUUGGUGUGAUCACGAAACUGGAUUUGAUGGACGAAGGCACGGAUGCCAGAGAGAUCCUAGAAAAUAAACUCUUACCACUUCGUAGAGGUUAUAUUGGCGUGGUGAACCGCAGUCAGAAAGAUAUAGAUGGCAGAAAGGAUAUUCGUGCCGCGCAGGCGGCAGAGAGGAAAUUCUUCCUGUCCCACCCCAGUUACAGACACUUGGCUGAAAGAAUGGGAACACCACACCUGCAGAGGACCCUUAACCAGCAAUUGACCAACCACAUCCGGGACACCCUGCCCGGCCUGCGAAGCAAACUUCAGUCUCAGCUUCUGUCUCUGGAGAAGGAAGUGGAAGAAUACAAGAACUUCCGCCCAGAUGACCCCACACGAAAGACCAAGGCCCUGCUACAGAUGGUCCAGCAGUUUGGAGUGGACUUUGAGAAGUGCAUCGAGGGGUCUGGAGACCAGGUGGACACGGCAGAGCUGUCUGGAGGUGCCAGGAUUAACCGCAUUUUCCAUGAGCGCUUCCCCUUCGAGCUGGUUAAGAUUGUUUUUGAUGAGAAGGAGCUACGGCGUGAAAUCAGUCACGCCAUUAAGAACGUCCAUGGUGUCAGAACUGGGCUGUUCACUCCAGAUCUGGCGUUUGAAGCCAUCGUGAAAAAGCAGAUCAUUAAGCUGAAAGAGCCCUGUCUGAAAUGUAUCGAUCUGGUUAUUCAAGAGCUCAUCAACACAUUCAGGCAGUGCGCCAACAAGCUGGGCUCUUACCCCAGACUGCGAGAAGAGACCGAGAGAAUUGUCACCACUUACGUCAGGGAGCAAGAAGGCAAGACCAAGGACCAGGUUCUUUUGCUGAUUGACAUCGAGCUGUCUUACAUCAACACCAAUCAUGAAGACUUCAUUGGAUUUGCAAAUGCCCAGCAAAGGAACACUGUCAACAAGAAGAGGGCCAUUCCCAACCAGGGUGAGAUACUGGUGAUCCGUAAGGGCUGGCUGACCCUGAACAUCAGCAUCAUGAAGGGUGGUUCCAAGGAGUAUUGGUUCAUCCUGACGGCCGAAUCACUAUCCUGGUACAAGGACGAAGAGGAAAAAGAGAAGAAAUACAUGCUUCCUCUGGACAACCUGAAGCUCAGAGAUGUGGAGAAAGGAUUCAUGUCCACCAAGCACAUUUUCGCUAUCUUCAACACUGAGCAAAGGUCAGGGCUUACUGCAGCUCUUUGUGUUUGUGUGUUUGUGUUAGUGUUCGGUCGGUUCAUGUGCGGGUUCGAUUGCUUUCACAGGAAUGUUUAUAAGGACUUGCGUCAGAUCGAGCUGGCCUGCGACGCUCAGGAGGACAUGGACAGCUGGAAAGCCUCUUUUCUCAGAGCGGGAGUUUAUCCUGAGAAAGAUCAGGUGGAGUCAGAAGAUAGAGCUCCAGCAGACACGUUCUCCAUGGACCCUCAGCUGGAAAGGCAGGUUGAAACCAUCCGUAACCUGGUGGACUCCUACAUCGGUAUCGUCAACAAGACCAUUAGAGACCUCAUGCCCAAGACUAUCAUGCAUCUUAUGAUCAACAGCGCUAAAGACUUCAUCCAUUCAGAGCUGUUGGCAUACCUGUAUUCAUCAGGAGAUCAGAACAGUCUGAUGGAGGAGUCUGCAGACCAGGCCCAGCGCAGAGACGAGAUGCUGCGCAUGUAUCACGCCAUCAAAGAGGCACUCCACAUCAUCGGUGACAUCAGCACCAGCACUAUAUCCACCCCCGUGCCUCCGCCAGUCAAUGACAGUUGGAUGCCAGACACUAGCCCCACCCCCCAGCGCAGACCAGCGACAACAGCCCCUCCUCCCAACAGGCCUCCAGCAGUUAGAGGCCCCACACCAGGCCCGCCUACUCUUAACCCCACCCCUGCCUACGUGGUUCCGCCCAUCCCCUAUCGGCCAGUCCAGCCCAUUAAUGCCUUUAGCAACAGUGGCCAGGAUCCUUUCACUGCUCCUCCUCAGAUCCCCUCUCGCCCUGCUCGCAUACCCCCCGGCAUUCCCAGCAGAAGACCCCCUGGCGCUCCAAACCGGCCCACCAUUAUCCGCCCAGCCGAGCCCUCCCUACUAGACUAGUCACGUGCACUGGACACCAUAGUUUGUUGGCCUCACACAAAGAAAGAGAGAGAGAGAGAGAGAGAGCGAGGAAAGGCUGUAGAACUGCACUGAUAUGUGCAAACGUGUCUACACAUACAGCCUGACCAAUAGACCUAAAUAAUCCAAAACUGUUCUGUAAUUAGCGCUGCUAUUUACAUCCUUAGUUUUUAAAGCACACAGUUCUAAAUUAAGUACAUAAUUAUUACAAUUAUUAUUAUUAUUAAUAAUAUUUUGUUAAAAUAUAGUGUGAACUUAAGGGUGUAGUGGCCUCCAAUUUUCAGUCAUUUCAUCCUUCACAUAGUUCAGGUGACCACCAGGGGGUAUCCUACUCAACUUGUAUAGAUAAAACAAAAUUGCAUCUUACAUUACAUUUACAUUUUCCUUUGCUGGAGAUAUAUGCCUCCUCUUGUGAUCUAAUGUGGGAUAAAAUGUACACUAGCACUGUGCCAGCUAGUUGCUGUUAAACUAGCCUGCUUUCUUCCUGUUCUUGGGUAACUUAAGGGUGGUUAAAGACUUUCUUGUAAUAGACACACUUAAUGUAUUUUCUCCAUUUUGUGUUUCCCUAACUCUUAAACUGGAUAUGCUGUAAAAGACACCACCACUGUUAUCAUUAUUGAUAUUUGGGGUUUAUUUUUAUAUUAUUUUUUCUCUUUAAAUAGUUUUUCAUGCUCAAUUUUGCAUAUUGUGUAAGCAACUCUCUAAAUUACUGAUGAACUCUCUAUUCACUCAAUUAGAAAAGUGUAAAGUAAGGUAUUUCUUCAAUUUUGAUGCUGUCCGAAUUGGCACUUGGUCCCGCACUUCUGUUAAUUGUGAUUCGGUAGCAGCUAACCAAUCAUUAUUCAAAAGAAUCCUAGAUGUCCACUGCCAUUUUUGGUGUUAUGAUAUCCAAAACUGCCUUUCUAUUGUGUCAGGAAAGCAUGUCUAUUCUUUUAGCUACGGUAAUUGCAUGGAUAGUUGGAGGUAGCGUUUUUUUUUUGUAUGCAAAUUUCUGUAAUGAUUUGUUUAUACAAGUAAUAAUUUGUGUAUUUAAAUAUAAUCCUGGAAAGCACAGUAACCACUUAUGAUGGGCCGACCCGUCAACGCUCUGUAAGAUAGCAUCUCAGGUAACAUCCCACUCCAAAUCUGUUAACAUAGUUUACAUCUGCAUACCAGUCCUGGUUUGAUCAUUGUAUCUUAAAUUCAUCUGCAGGACCUUGUGGGUCGUAUUGACUUCACAUUCAUGGAUGAUAAGGUUUGGGGUAGAGCGCUACAGAAAGUGGGAAUGAACUGGAUGUUAACUUUGGGCAACUUAAACACAGGGUCACUGAAACGUUUAUAUGCAAGCGUAUUUUGGGUCAUGGGGUAUUUCGGUACUGGACCGCAACAGGGAACCAGUCUGUUCGCAAAUACGGACAGACACAGGGAACAUUACGAAACUAUAAGAGCGAAAUGAUGAACCUUUAAAUGAAAAGUUACCACAAAAAUGAAAAUUCUGUUAUUAUUAACUCAUCCUGAUGUCAUUCCGAACUCUUAUAACUUUCUUUAUUCUAUGGAACACAAAAUAAAUGUUAGGUUGGAUUUUCACACUGCUCUUUUUCAUGCAAUGAAAGUGACUUGUGACCAGGGGCUUUCAUCUCCUACAAAUACCAAAAAAACUCCAUAAAUGUUGUCCAUACAACUUAUAACUGUAUGAGAAGUCUUCUGAAGUCCUACAAUAGAUUUGUGUUAGGAACAGACUGAAAUUUAAGCAGUUACUCAAUAAAAAAAAAUCUUCCCCUCCGCCAUAGCUCUCAAAUUUCACAUGUAUGGUUUGAAUAUGCACAUAUUCCAGUUUGUAACGAAACACAAGAAUGAAUGACGUAUUGCAUCAUUGAUUUCAAACCUGGCGUGACUUUAUGCGAAAAGAUUUUCAGUGAGUAGCAGAUUCAAUUUCAGUAUUUUCCUCACACAAAGCUAUUGUGUUUCUUCAGAAGACGCUACUACUUGGAGUAGAGAGUAUGCGUCAUAUAUUUACUUUCAUGGUGCUUUUCACCUUUAAUGGAACUUGACAGCCUCUGGUCACCAUUCACUUUCAUUGUAUGGAAAAGAGCAGCUCUAACAUUCGGCUAAAUGUCUCCAUUUGUAUUUCUAUGGAAGAAAGUAAAUCAUACGUUUGGAGCGACAUUAAGGCAAGUCAAUAAUGACAGAAUUUUUAUUUUUGGGUGAAUUAUCCCUUUAACAGAGAUCAUACUAGAUUUACUAACACAAACGUUGGUGGUGUGGCUUGGGCAAAAGGGUUAUCUUUUUUCUGAGUGUAUUAUUUAUAACCUGGGCAUUUGACUUUUUGUUGAUUUGCAUUUCAUUAACUGUUUGUUUCCCUUUUUUUUAAAUAGAACAAUACAUUCUUCCCUUUUGAACGAUACUGAUAAGGGCGUAAAGAAUUCAGACUGAAAACGGUCAAGCUGGUUUCCUGUUGAUCCUGUUUUGAUUUGCAGCAGCUGACAUUUUUGUAGUUUGCUUGUAUUGAUCAGAGGGAGAUGGGACAAAUUGUUUUGUGUGAACUAUGCCUUUAAAACUAUCUGAGAUCUCUCCAGAUUUCCUCUCCACAAUUUUCCCGGACAGAGGUCUUGAAUUCGCUUAUCUUAUGGCUACAGUGAUUGCGACUGCCCCUCUUCUCCACAAAACACAAUUCACCUGAUUUGAAGGCUUGACUUGAGCUUGUGUGCAUUUUUCAAUUAUAUUUCAAAUUGUAAUAUUUUUGGACUGGAUAAAGCUCAAAUCACUGUAGCCAUAGCUUCCAUUGACCCCCUGUAGUCUUUAAGGUUAUGGUGACCCUGUCCCUGUCUCUGCCCAUUCCUCCCUCAUUGUCUGUCUCCUUUUGAAUAGAGGGGGACUGAGGACAUAUUUAGCAUUCUUUUUUAUGCUUUUGGAGUAACAAAUCAUUGUCAAGUGUCUGUGUAGCAAUUAAAAUGGACUUGGAGCAGAAUGCACAGUGAGAAUGGUGAAGUGAGAUAAUAAAAGGUGAUGUGUAUAAUAAAGAUCUGGUGGUUGGUGUUUUCUUGUGUCUUCUCACUUGUCUCUAUGACUUACAGUACUGUUCACGGUAUGUACAGUACUGUGCAAAAGUUUUAGGCACUAGUGAAAAAUGUUGCAUAGUGAGGAUGUCUUCAAAAAUAAUGACAUAAAUAGUUUUCAUUUAUCAAUUAAUGUCAUACAAAGUCCAGUAAACAUAAAAAAAGCUAAAUCGACACAAUAAAGCUGAAGAUAUAAAUAACCAUCUUAACACAAAUGCUUUUGUGAAACAUGUUAAGUGCCUAAAACGUUUGCACAGUACUGUAAUAUGUCUCUCCCUGCAUGCAUCUCUGCCACUUUUGUACUCUCAGAAACAAAUCAAAGGUUACGGAUGUAGUGUGAUAAUACUCCUUUGGGGUCAACCAGUAUUUUUCAAUCCCACCUCCCAGAGGCCCCCAACACAGUCUCUCCAAUCUGACACAAUAGAGCGCAACAGUGCCCAUCCACUUUUCUUUUAAGUAUUUUUCCCAUUCAUGUUUUCCUCAGGGAUUUCAUAUUAUCCAUCAUGAAAGAGUUCUUAGCUAUGAAUCAAACCAACCAGCUCCGACAAUAGUACAAAGCUGUGAGUGAAUAAAAAUGAUAGAAAAAUAUACAAGUUUUGAGUUAAAAUUGUUGGUUGCAAAUAUAUAAAAAAAAAAUCAUUUAAUUUCCAAAUUUUCAGAUUUACACAAAUAGCCUAUGUAAGUAGUUUGAGGGUGUAUGAAGCCCGAUGCGAUUGCAUCAGUCACAGUGCGGUGGCUAUUGCGGGCUCUUUUGAUUCACAUUGUUUGCUGCGAUUCUCCAAUUGGUGUAGUUCUUCACCAGGAAUUCCACUAAUAAACAUGAUUUUUAUAAAUGAAGUUGAAAUAACUUGGACUGAUAUCUUCAACUGAAUUAUCUACAUUUCAUAUGCUUCAAUAAACAAAGAUCUCACGGUAGGUCGGUUUUUAAAGGUUUAUAAGUUAUCGUUAAAAAAAAAAAAGAUUCUUAUGGAGAAAAUGAAUGGAAUUUUACUUCUGGAACCAGACUGCUGCACUUUGUUGUCACAAUUUGCAUACUUCUGUGCACGAAAAGUAUAUAUUUAGCUUCUGAUGGGAAAGUCCAUACUAUUGAGUGUGAAGUAAGACUACUACCAACUUAUAAAAAUGCAUCUUGAUGUAAGUUUUAAUGUCUAGCUAAACUCAUAUUAAAAUGUGUUAUGUCUUUAAAUAAAUUAAUAUUACUUUUAGCUGUAACAGUUUCAACCUUGUAUUCCUUGAAACUUUUCUUAAAGGUGAAGUGUCAAAUUUUGUUCAAUGUUGAAAUACUUGCUUAAUAUGCAGUCAGCUAUAGGCCAAUCCUUUGGCAACGUCACCGCUUACAUCACACACGGCAGUGGUGGCAGAAACUGCAAACAGUAAACUUUUAUCAGAUUCUGUUGUUGAAAAAUUAUUUGGAGAGUUCUCGUAGAUGGC